GGAAAAAAGAGAGGCCUUCCCUUGGCCGAAACCUAUGAAGAGAUGCAAGAGGUUAAAUGCAGGCGUAAUAGGCCGGCCACCAUCUAUCUUCCACCUUCCGUUAAAACGGCCCCAAUGAACGGGGUUCUCUUUCCCAGCAGGAGCCCUUGCAGGGAACAAGCAGUCUCAUUAAUGCGAGGCUCCGGAACAGAACUGGGACCGAAAGCCGCGUGAAUAUCCCUAUUUUCCCUGCGCAGGCCUUAACGCCGAGGUCACCAGGGGCCGCUCUCACCUCAUUGAGCGCGGCAGCUUCUCGGAUCUCUCCCGCGGCUUCCCCUUCCGGCCAGCAGAGAUGGCGGCCGGAGCGAGCGGGGACCAGAGCAGCACCAGGGAGAGGCUGUUGGCUGCCUUGGACGAUCUGGAGCUGCUGGCCAGAGAACUGAUUGAAGUUUUGGCAAUUUCAAGAAACCAGAAGCUAACACAACCUGGGGAAGAGAGCCAGAUCCUGGAAUUGUUAAUUCAGCGGGAUAAAGAGUUCCAAGAAUUGAUGAAACUAGCUCUUGAUCAAGGGAAAAUCCACCAUGAAAUGCAGGUAUUGGAAAAAGUUAUAGAGAAAAGAGACAAUGAUAUUCAGCAGCUUCAAAAACAACUAAAAGAAGCAGAACAUAUUCUGGCUACAGCUGUUUAUCAAGCAAAAGAAAAACUGAAAUCAAUAGAAAAGGCAAGAAAGGGAGCUAUUUCUUCUGAAGAAAUAAUUAAAUAUGCUCAUAGAAUUAGUGCCAGCAAUGCUGUCUGUGCUCCUCUGACUUGGGUGCCAGGGGAUCCCCGACGACCAUAUCCAACUGAUUUGGAGAUGAGAAGUGGUCUUUUGGGUCAGAUGAACAAUCCUUCAGCAAAUGGAGUUAAUGGACACUUACCAGGAGAUGCACUUGCAGCUGGAAGAUUGCCAGAUGUUCUUGCACCGCAGUAUCCCUGGCAAUCAAGUGACAUGUCAAUGAACAUGCUUCCUCCUAAUCAUAGCAAUGACUUUAUUUUAGAACCUCCUGGACAUAAUAAGGAGAAUGAGGAUGAUGUAGAGGUUAUGUCAACAGAUUCCUCGAGUAGCAGUAGUGACUCCGAUUAGGGCAUGCAUCUGAUUGUAAUAACUUGAUUGUAUCAGCGAAAGAAGAUUGUAUAUCAUCAUUAUACAUAUUCUGCAUUCCAGAUGGAGGCUGUGGUACCAAGGAGGAAACUUACAAAUUCAUAAGAAUCAUUAUCUUGUAUUUGAUGAAUAUGACUUUAUCCCAGAAUUUCAGAUAAUUGUUGGAAAAAGGGUGGCGAUAGCCACUGGAAAUAUGUUAUGCUCUGACAUAAUUUAUUUUGGUAUUGUUUACUCAUAACAAUGUUUUAGCACAAAAUAAAUAUCUAUGAAGUUGCAAG